AUGCAUAUGGCUGAGCAUUCAGUGAGUGGAUGUGGUGAUGGAAUGUUCACGAGAGAGGAAGUGGCACAACAUAAUAAGGCGAAUGAUCUGUGGAUUAUCCAUGACGGAACGGUUCAUGAUAUGACAUCUUUCGUCAACGAGCAUCCGGGUGGUAAGGCAAUCCUUAACAAGGCUGGACAGGAUGCAACGAAAGUUCUCCACACGUUCUCUCCACACGUUAAAGCGGCUGAUUUUGUGAUGAAGAAACUGAACGAAGCCUGUAUUGGUGUUUUAGUUCAAUAG